CACUUUCGUCGACUCGUCGAUAAAUGGCCGCGUUGUCCGUCGCGUCGUGAGGAACGCUUUUCUGAACGGUUUUUAUUUUGGAUUUUUCAAAGUUGAUUGGUUUCGAUCUAUGUCAACUACAAAAAAUUCUUUAAUUGAAAAAGUUUCGUGAGGGGUUUGGCGGUAUGAAUUCUGCCUUUGAAGUCAAGGACACUCCUUCAGAGGAACUACCUCUGGAUGUAGAUCUUCUUGGUGUGGAUUUUAAUAUUGAAGCAGCAGAUGACAUUGAAGACGGCUCAUCACCAGCCUAUUUGGAUAGUUUGGCACCCUUGGGAGUGCCUGAAACUAUAUCUGAAAAUGCCGAUACAGAACAAGUGGACCCAAGCAGUGCAAAUGAGGAUGAGGUGCCUAGUGUGGUGACAAAUGGAUCCCCUGCGUCUAGUAGCCCACCAACAGUGAAGAAGAAGCGACCAUACAUCAGAAGAUCUAUUCCUAAAAGUGAGGGCCCAGUGGUCAAGCUUCUCAAACUGUCACCAAACACAAUUAAAAAACAUACGAACGGCGAAACGACCCCGCCGUCUGUGCCAGUGUCACCAAAUCAUGAAGUAGAGCCAUCUGAAACACCAUUACAUGUUGAAGAACCCGCGACGAUGCCUGUGCCUCUCCCUGUGCCAAAAAAAAGAACAGUGAACGGUCCAAAUUUGUUGAGAAACAAACAAGUUAAGAAGAAAGUGGUAGUUAAUUCGAAAACGGUUUAUCGUAAACCGAUUAAAACAAGUGAAACUCAAAAUCGGACUUCUGUUGCCGGAGUGAAACCGCUAGGUUUCCCUACAGAAGAUAGGGAUUUAGUAGAAUGUGUAAAGUGCUUUGCGAUUGUCAGCGUUUUAUCUGCCAGAGAGCACCUCUCAGUGUGUGGCAGUAACAUCCCAGCAGCAGCCGAAGAAAACGAUAUCGUUCCAUCUCUGGCUGAAAGCAUAUCGCCAUCGACGCCGCUUGGAUCUCCUCCUCCGCUUUCAUUGCCGCCGUCAGUAUCUCCGUCGAAAGGCUACGGGACGAGAGCGAGUUCGAUCCGUUCUGUUCAGUCAACUUACGGGCCGGACGCUUGUGGACUUUGCGGAGCUCGUGGCCUUAGCGAUGGCCUGUCGAGAUAUCUACAUGCCCAUCUCCAUCACCAACGGCACGCCUGUCUCGUGUGUGGGUCGAUGCACGCCAAAGUGUCUGCACUUGUGAAACAUCUGCAGGCCGUCCACGGCAAGGAGGAUAGGUAUCGUGGCCCUACCGAAGUCACUCGUUUAGGCGAGAUCCUUGGCCGUGCAUCGAUUUUAAUUUGCACAGAAUGUGGCGCUGCCAUUCACGUUCUUGAUGCUGAAGCGCAUAGUGUCAAUUGUAGAGCAACUCCGAGGUUUCCAUUGCCCAGUCAAGUAGGCUAUCAUUCCGACGGUCAGCAGCAACCUCUUGCCAUUACCUACCCUUCACCGACUUUGGCAGCGCCAGUUGCUGUUGAUGCGGAGAAGACUACGCCAAAUAUAUCCAGGCAGAAGAGGAAAUACCGGCGUCAGAUAAAGGCGGAACCGCCUGAAAUUGAGGAAUCACAGCCUAAACUAGAAACUAAUUCCGAUGUCGAUGAUAGCAAAAUGAAAUCACCUGCACAAGCUUUCGAACCCUCUGCCCCUAUAAAGGUGGAGCCAACGGAUGGAACUGAAUUCCGAUCACCUGGAGAGGAACCCGUUAGAAAAAAAGUCAAGGUCAUGAUUCCUAACCUUGAUUCUCCAAGGGGUCUCCGAACUCUUUUGCCAGGGAAUAAAGGUCCACCUCCAACACCUCCUAAAAGAAUGCUUCCGCCUGGCUUAGGACGACCAACACUCUCGCCAUUGAGUCCCGACAACACAUAUCCAAAAAACUUGCAAAGCGGUGCGGAAGAGGAGGUCGAGGGGUUGCCGGACAGUUCUGAAGAACAAGAAGAACAGAACUUACAGGCCGCCCCGGAACAGACACCGGAAGAGUCUGAACAGACCAGAGAACCCUCUCCCGCACCGCAGCUGCCGCCCCGAGACAAGACGGACUGGAAGGAGCUUCUUGAACCUUUGCUCCACAAGUUGUUGCUUCGAGUAAAGAAGGCGCUACGGAAGAUCCAGCAACUCCAUUGCCCAGUUUGCCUUCGUUAUGAAACCCAGGAAUCUAAUUUGGAGGAUAUUUGUGAGCACCUAAAGGCAGCUCAUAACAACCAUUUACUUCGUGGGCUCGGUGAAGAUACGCAAAACAGGUUAUUUGCUGAGGUGCGGAGCAUCUAUAUGGAAGACGUGUCCAACGAAGAGGCGGAUGAAUACGUCGAUGGCAGCGCAGGCCGCAAGGUGCUACAUAAAUUCUGUGUGGAACCUCUGGAUAAGACCUACUCGUGUGACCUUUGCAACGUUAACGAAUUGUCCGUCAAAGAAAUGGUACAACAUCUGCGAGGCGCUCAUGGCUUUCGGAUGUACCCCUGUCUCGAGUGUGGUCAACAGUUCAAGACCUAUGGCUAUUUCAUCUCCCACUUGGUUUCUACUGGAUGUAAGGAAUCCAUUUAUGGGUGUCGUCUGUGCGGUAUUGUCGGAAUGGUCAGUCUUUACAUGCUACAAUCACAUCUUCGGACCCAUUCCCUCUGCGACAUAUGCCACACUUGCUUUGAGAGCCAAACAGCCUUAAGAAAGCACAUGUUCAAUCAUCAGCAGGACAGUCCAUAUGCUUGCACCGUGUGCCAGGUGUCUUAUAAGAACUACGAAUCCCUCGAGAUGCAUCUGCUCUGGAAACACGGAACCGAAAGCAAACCUUGUCCAACGUGCCAAGAGAAGACGUGGCUAUGCACGUACCAUUUUUGCCCUGGGGCGCCAGCUAGCCUGGCUGAAGUGGUGGACAACCCGUGCGUCUGCACCGUCUGCCGACUUGAAUUCAGCAAGGCGUCCAUGCUCAAGGUUCAUACUCGCCUGCAUACCGGCGAGCGGCCGCACAAGUGCCACAAUUGCAAAAAGAGUUUCAUCUCUAAAAAACUCCUAGCAAAACAUGCUCUCAUGAAGCAUAGUGAGGCGGCUGUCAAUCAAGCGGCUGUUGCUCAAGCAGCAGCCAACGAAAUCAAAUCAGCUUUAGAGAAAAGUGGCCUAAAGCCUAGAAAAGUACAACAGGAGCUUCUUAAAUUAAUUGGCCAACAGAACGCUGCCAAGCGAUCGGCGGCAUCGUCAAGAAGAGUGAGCACCGAGGAGAGCCCGGAAACACCCGACAAGCCCAAACCUGAUUUGAUAAAUGGCGGAAGUACUGGUGCGCCACCUGAACCUAUUAGUGAAAAUGUCCGAUUCAAGUGUUCUCUAUCAUCUGACGAUGAAGACGAUAUGCCUGUUCCACCAACUGCUGCAGAUGUGCCUCCCAAAUCGGCAGAUGGAGGAAAUGGCACUGCAUCGGUUCCAUCUGUGGCUGCCCUUAAUCGUAUCGGCAGUUCAAUUUUUGAUAUUGAAGAGGACGAGGAAGAGACAUCUAAAGAAACUGCAGAACAACCUGAUCCUCCAGCGAUUGCAGCGUCUGAAGCCAAUCAUGUUGAAAAUCAGGAAGCGAUUGAAAAUAAAGAUGUCUCUCCGAAUGACGAUAAAGGAGGAAAUGAAAGCAAUUUAAAUGAAGCAGAGGACAUCAAAAUGGAAACGGACGAAAAAGAUCUACCACAGCCUCCUAUACCUGAUAAGGAAAAGAAAGAACCUGUGGAUACGAAUGAGCCGAAUGGAGCAACAGAAACUGUUAAAACUAUAGAAGGAGAAACGAAUCCCUCUGACGUCAAUCUUCUCGAUUUGCUUGCUUCAGCUGCUACGUCUAAACAAGCCGAAAUUCCCGUGGCUCCUCCAGAGCCCGUCAUCCCUGCCCUAUUGGACCAUGAUUAUUGCAAGCUUGGAGAUCCUCCACCGGAGGACCCUAAAAAGCUCAAGAAAAUGGCCAAAAAGGCUCGACACCAUAAGAAACACCGGGGCAAGAAAGAACCUCGUUACGUGCUGGACUUGAGUAGCAGUAGCAGUUCUGAUGAAGACGAAGAUGGUAAGCCUGUUAACGGCAAGGUGCCAAAGAGUGUCAACAAGUUUGGAAAGGUUUUGGCGCGGCUCAGUGACAGCGAAUCCAGUUGCUGCCCAACGGAUUGUAGCUGCAGCAGUUCGAGCAGCAGUAGUUCAAGCAGCUCGAGUAGUGGUAGCAGCAGUAGUGACAGCGAUAGCGACAGUUCCAGCAGCAGUAGUUCCUCUGAUGUAGAAGUGGAAGAAAAACUUGCUCCACCUGUCGUUCAGGCUCCCGAAGGAGACGAUGCGGAUGUUGACAUUGAAAACAACAGUGAACCUCCAAGUUCGUUGGAAUCUUCUUCAGAUUCAGAAAAUGGCGUUGAAUCGGAUGCCGAUAUCAGUGUACAUGAAUCAGAUCUUGAAACAAGUGAUUCGGAUUCAGAGAACAAAAAACUUUCAAGGUUUGCAUCGCCAAAAGCUCGCAGUGAUUCACAAAAGAAGCGAAAGAAGAAGAAGAAGAAGAGACGUAACUUUAAGGAAUCAUCACUGAACUUUGAUUUAGAAGGUCAGCAGAUGCCUUCAACUGGCAAUACAGUCGACGACAUUAUCAAUGCCGUGGCUAGCGGACUUCACAAGCGGUUCUCAAAGAGGAGCAAAGAGCCGGUUCCAGUGUUAAAUAUCAUGCCACUUCCUCGACUACCUGCAAAGGAAGUCUCGUUGCCACCUCCAGCUACGAUAGUGAAUGUCGAGGAACAGAGAUCCGACUCCAAACGUGGGCGAGGUCGACGUAGACGAAAUGACGAUCUCUACUGGUACGAAGGUGACAGUCUCGAUGAAAAAAUCAAUCCCACCGCAUCAGCAAAAAAGAUAAAGGCCAUCUCGAAAAAGCCAGGCCGUACAACGGCGAAAUUAAAAUUUACGCAUAAUUACGACGCAGUUGCACCUCCGCUCUCGCCGGUAAAAGUUAUCAAAACGCCUACGCAUCCAGUACCUUCGUUUGAGGAUCCAGACAGGCUAUAUUGCUACUGUCGUUGUCCUUAUGAUGAAGUUUCUCAAAUGAUUGGCUGCGACGCCAGCGACUGUCCAUAUGAAUGGUUCCACUUUGAGUGUGUUGGCAUUUCAGAAGCGCCGGAAGGCACUUAUUAUUGCCCGGAAUGUCGAUUGCGGCCUAAGUACCGAGCUCUAUUUGACGAACCCUUUUUCCAACCACAACCACCACCUCAACAGAUUAUUUAAAAUUAAGAAAAAUCCUGAGAAAAGGGUUAUUAAGAGAUAUCUUUUUGAGAUUUUGCCCUUCUCCUUUGGGGAGACAUGACUUCUGCUUUAGUUUUGUUAAGACAAUAUGAAAAGUGAGAAGAACACAAAAUCUUCAAUUUUGAAUACACGUCAAUUGUACACGACCAAAAA